AAAUCCAAACUUUUUAGGUUUUUUUUUCUUCUCUGAGACAAAAGUGAUGGACUUGACGGUUGAGAACGGAGGUUUAGCACCAGGUUUUAGGUUUCAUCCGACGGACGAAGAACUUGUGGUCUAUUACCUCAAGAGAAAGAUUCGUCGGAAAAAACUCAGAGUCGAUGCUAUCGGCGAGACUGAUGUCUACAAGUUUGAUCCUGAGGAAUUGCCUGAGAAAGCGUUAUAUAAGACUAGGGAUCGACAAUGGGCACCUAAUGGCGAACGGACUAAUUGGGUGAUGCAUGAGUAUACAUUGCACGAGGAGGAGCUCAAGAGGUGUGGUGGUGGUGAUGUUAAGGAUGCUUUUGUUCUUUACAAGAUUUAUAAGAAAAGUGGGUCUGGUCCUAAGAAUGGUGAGCAAUAUGGAGCUCCUUUUAUUGAAGAAGAAUGGGCUGAAGAUGAUGAUGAUGUUGAUGAGCCUGCUGGUUUAGUCGAUGUUCCUAAUAAUCAGCUCGUAGUUUCAGCUGGUGUUGAUAAUAAUUUAUGGGGGAAAGGGCUUAACCAAUCUGAAUUGGAUGAUAAUGAUAUUGAAGAGCUGAUGAGACAGGUUAGAGAUCAGCCUGGUCGAACAGUGCAGCAGAAUGGGGUGUCCGGACUGAACUCUCAUGUAGAAACAUAUGAUGCGGUGAACCUGGAGGACGAUAUGUAUUUGGAAAUCGAUGAUCUUUUGCUCCCUGAACCUGAACCUGAACCAGCUUCUGUGGAAGUCAUGGAGAAGAACUGGAACCAGGAUGGUUCUGGUGUCCUGAAUGAUAAUGAUUUCGUUGAUACCGAUUCAUAUUUCCUUGAUUUGGGAGCGACAAAUCCUCAGUCAGAUCCUGUCAGUGUUGGUUUGAAAAAUGGGUUUGCACAAAGUCUUCAGAUGAAUAGUUCUUUGGUGACUGACCAGGCCAAUAAUAACCUGUUCCAGCAGCAAACAGGGAAGAACCAAGCUAGCAACUGGCCACUUCGUAACAGCUAUACUAGAAAGAUAAACAAUGGAUCAUCGUGGAUGCAGGAGUUAAACAAUGAUGGACUUACCGCUACCCGGUUUGGUGAGUCGCCUGGUAAAGGUGAUUUAUCUGAAUUCGUAAACCCUCUUCCUUCUGGUAUAAGUAUAAAUAAGGAAGAUGAAGCGACAAAAGAUGAGUCAAGUCAGUUUGCUUCUAGUGUAUGGACUUUCCUGGAAUCUAUUCCUGCUAAUCCAGCAUAUGCAUCAGAGAAUCCAUUUGUUAAGCUGAACCUUGGCAGAAUGUCAAGCAGUGGUGGUCGUUUCAGGUUUGCUUCUAAAAGCACAGGUAACAAUGUUUUUGUCACAGCUAACGAUUCAGCAGCAAAGAGCAAGAAGUCUGGAGGAAACAACGACAAGAAGAAGAACAACAAGGGUUUCUUUUGCUUAUCGAUCAUUGGGGCUCUAUGUGCUUUAUUUUGGGUGAUCAUAGGAACCAUGGGAGUUUCAGGGAGGUCUCUGUUGUGGUGAGAACCCAAAAGUCCAAGAGUUGUCGACAUUAAGAGAAACAAAGGCUCAGUGUUAAAAUAACGGUUUAGUGUGAGUCAUUGUAAUUAUUCUCUUAGAUUAUUAGAUUCAGAAACUGUUUGGUAUCGGUUUUAGUCUUUGGGAGUUUUCUCUCGUAUUGUUUAAAAGUUGUUUUAUUUGUUGAGCGUUUUGAUUUGUGUGGUUUCUUUUAACAAAGUUUUUUAAUUUUU